CUCAAAAUUUAUUGAUGUUCUAUAAUAUUUUUGAUUUUAAUUGAUAAUAAGAAACACAGAGUGUAUAUUGUGAAAAGAUUUAAUAUUUAGAUAUAUUUCUGGCUUGAUUAUGAAUCCUGACAUUGAGCAAAAAAUUUUCAAAUUUGAAACAUUCAUCAAUGAUGUAUUGAAAGAGGAUCUUGCUCAAUUAGAGCAGAAACUUGAUGUUAAAAAUGCAGAUGUUGCCGAAUUUAUUCAAUUAAAAUCUAUGAUAACUACCAUUCAAAAUAAUAACCUUGAUAAAAAUGGAUUUAAAACUCAAGUAGAUAUUGGGCAAAAUUUUUUUAUUGAAGCGCAUAUACCUGAUGCUUCCACAAUUCUAUUGGAUAUUGGUUUAGGACAUUAUAUGGAAUUUUCAUUAAAUGAUGCUCUGGCUGUUAUCAAUGUUAGAAUUAAACUUCUAGAACAACAGAUUGCACAUUAUCGUAAAGAAAUAGCCAAGAUAAAUGCUCAUAUCAAACUAAUUCUUCUAGGCAUUAGAGAAUUACAAGGAUUUAAAGACUGAAUAUAAAGUAUAUUUUGUGUUAUAUAAUUCUAUAAUUUUUUAUGUGUACAUAUUUACAUGUUAUUAUAACUUUUGUACAUAAUAGAGAAUUAAAUAAAUAUUAAAUGAUUUUGAAUAA